AUGCUAUUUCAACGACUUUGGGAGCGAGGAGUUGAGUGGGAUCAGGUGUUACCUUCAGACUUAUACGAAGCAUGGGACAAGUGGUGUACAUACCUCACUGCCUUGAAGGACGUCGCUGUUCCAAGACUCAUCGUUCGCGACUUCAACAAAGACAAAACAGAAAAGGCAUUGCAUGUCUUCUGCGAUGCUAGCACAAAAGCGUACGGAGCUGUAGCGUACGUGGCAUCGAAAGAGGAAGAGGGAAGAAAGUGUGUGACCAUUGUAAUGGCGAAAUCGAGAGUGGCACCCCUCAAGCGGUUGACCCUUCCGCGACUAGAGCUUAUGGGAGCAUUAAUUGGCGCUCGUUUGGCACAUUAUCUAACAAAGAAGUUGAAGAUGGAAGGACUCCCAGUGUAUCUGUGGACUGACUCCAUGAUCGUCUUUUAUUGGAUUCGUAGUUCUGCAAACCGGUGGAAGCAGUUUAUUGCAAAUCGCGUCUCAGAGAUCCAAGGUCUGACGGAACCAAUCAACUGGAGACAUUGUCCUGGUUCAGAAAACCCAGCAGAUCUUUUAACGCGUGGACUCAUGCCAAGUGCUCUUGUUGAGAACAACACAUGGUGGAAUGGACCCAUCUGGCUUCAAUGCUCGGAAUCAUCCUGGCCAAGUCAAGUUGAGGAAAGACCAGAAUGCGAAGAGUACAAGGCUGAAGAAAAGAAAGAUACUGUUGUUCAACUCACAAUACCCGACGAAAUUCAUCUGAUGAACUUGGAGAACUACAGUUCAUUUAAUAAGUUGGUUCGAGUGACGGCCUGGAUUAAACGCUUCGUAAACAACAUAAAACAACAAGGACAACGCAGGGGAGCGCUAACAAGCGAUGAAAUCAUAGACGCAGAAAAAUACUGGAUAGCGGCUACACAAAUGCAGGCUUUCCCGAAGGAAAUCGUACACCUGAAAGAUCAGCAGCAAGUUGACAAAAAAAUCAAAAAUCAAGUCGUUCAACCCAAUUAUGGACAGUGA